AUGCUGAGUCUUCGUUCCGUUAUCACGCAGGCAACGCGCGGAGGGAGAUGUGUUGUGUCUCGCCGUAAUUUCUCUUUGUCUUCCUUUGUUAAAGAGACGAAGGAGAGUAUUGGCGUGGAAGUGUUGAUGGAGCUUCUUCCUGGCUGCGGCUAUAUAUCCAUUGGAUUUCUGCUCUCCUUAUCUUGGGAAGUUUUUCAGUUAAAUAAGGUUGGGAAAGAGGCAGCGUAUAAUGAGGCGAAGAAGCUUGCAAUGGCGACUUCAGGAUCUGAAGACUAG